UAAUGGGCAAAGAUUCUUUGGAUAAAGAAACGCUAAAGAAUGACAGUGAAUGUCCUAAGAUGGGCGGGGCUAUGGACUGUCCAGUACAAACUCUCAACAGUGAAAACCAAACUGAUGAAUUUAUACCCAUUGACGGGGGUUGGGGUUGGGUUGUAUGCUUCACAUCACUCCUGGCCAACGGAACAGUUUCCGGCAUCAUUAACACUUUUGGAAUAAUAUACGUAUAUCUAAUCAAGGAGUAUGCUAGGGAUGAUCCAUCCAUUUCCUUCAAAAUAUCAUGGAUUGGAUCAGUUUGUACAGGUUCUACAUUCUUUAUGUGCCUUUUUAGCAGUGUAUGCAGUGAUCGAAUUGGUAUCAGACCAACGGCAUUUUUUGGCGCUCUUUUUGGCGCAAUAGGACUCUUUUCUAGCGCUUUUAUCAAAGAAUUGGGAUUACUAUAUUUAACAUACGGCCUUUUAAUCGGAAGCGGCGGAGGAUUUAUAACCGUUACAUCCUUGAUCAUUCUGGGACAUUACUUUAAAAAGCAUUUGGGACUCGCAAAUGGAAUUGUAGGUUUUGGUAGUUCAGGUUGCUCAAUGAUUAUAUCCAUUGUUCUGCCUAUUUCUCUGGAGACUUUGGGCAUCAAGUACACCUUCCUUAUCUUGGGCGGGUUGUACUGCAUGCUUUUAUUAUAUAGUCUUACCUGGAUACCUACGUUUCCAGUACAUUCAUCACUGCCAAUAUCAUCGCAUGAAGAAGAGUCGCAAAUUGAAAAGGGGCUUUGCUCUUCAGUAAAAAAGUACCUAAAUUUGGAGAUUUUCAAAAACCGUGCAUAUCGUAUUUGGUUUUUCGGAUUUAAUGUUGCGUUAUUUGGUUACUUUGUGCCAUUAUUCCAUUUAGUUAAACAUACUCAGGAUAAUUUCCCUGACAAAAAUGCAUUUAUUCUGAUAACCUGUAUUCAAGUGGCCUCUGGAAUUGGAAGACUGAUAUUUGGGAAGAUAGCGGACUUGAAAUGCGUGAACCGAAUCUAUAUGCAGCAAAGCGCUUUUGUGUUGAUGGGAAUAGUUACUGCAUGCAUUCCUUUCUCAGGAUCUUUCGAAGGACUAAUUGUUAUUUGUCUCAUUUUGGGAGUCUGUGAUGGGAUCACGGUAUUUUUGAUUGGAACUAUUGCGUUUGAUAUUGUUGGUCCCAAAGAUGCAUCACAAGGUAUUGGUUUUCUCCUUUGUGGUUUUUCUGUCCCACUUACUGUUGGGCCUCCUAUUGCAGGUUUGCUUUAUGACACUUUACAUACAUACGAAAUAGCUUUUGUAGCUGCUGGUGCUCCACCCAUCCUGGGUGCAUUAAUAAUGUGCUUCAUUCCAAGACUUAAACAGAAAAGAAAUGAAGAAAUGGAAACAAAUGGUGCCACCAUUGUUAUGACACAGGUUUAUCGAACAGAUUCAACUGGUGAAGAGGAGAAAAGUCUUUUAGACUUGCAGAAAAAUGACAAAGACGUAAAAGAGAAAAGCCCAGCAAGUCCUUACAGGAUUAAAGAUGAUGCAUCAGCAACAGAAUUUAAAUCACUUUUAGAGCAGGAAAUUUUAACCUGA